AUGCUGAACAAUUUGGGUACACGUCUUUUCAAAUCUGUUACCGAUCGAGCCGGUGAUUUGGGCGACAAAUUCGAGACACAAUUCGAAUUUCUAACGAAUAAUUUUACGGGUAGGUCAAAUUGGGCGUGGGAAAAGGGUACCUAGAGUUGGGAUAACUUGAAUUAUCCUAUGGUGAUUUUAGGAAAUCUUGAUUCAAAUUUGAACUACGUAGUGCAAGUGGUGGACACUUGAGUUAAGAUAACUCGACUUUCUAAAGGGUUUUGACUUAAAUUACCAUGCUUUUACUGAUUUCAAGCCUAAUUUAUAUGGUUGAUUUUGAUCUGGUAAUUUUCAUUUUUUUGGUCAGAAAAGAACAAGUGCUUUCGAGUUAGGUUAAGUAACUUGAGUUUUUUUGGUUUUUUUAGAUUGAAAUUCAAUUUUUCAGAUCAAAUUUACCUAAUUUACAAUGAAUUUCAGAUAAAAACCAUCUUAAAUUCUAGCAAUUCCUGCACAAAAUAUCACAAAACCCAAAUUUCCCGCUAAAAAUCUCCGAUUUUCAGCUGAAGUCGAUCUUUUCAUACAAGAAGCUGUGGAAUUAUCGACGUAUUGCAAAGUCACACUUGGUUUUUUGAUUAUUUUGUUGGUGAGUUUCAGUAUUCAAAUCAUGAUCUAGAAAUUCUCAUAAAUUUAACCUAGAAAACCUAAAAUUCGUCAAACUCAGACACUUGAACCCAACUUAUCGACCUUGAACACUAAUUUUUUUACAGAUUCUCCUAAUUUUCCGCUAUAGCGCAUUUGGAAUCCGCGUAAUGAUGAACGAGGGUCGAAGUUGGUUUCAUUACGGUAAAAGGCGAGGUGGAAAUGAUAAUGAGGAUGAUGCUGAAACUGCUCAAACUCGAACUGAAACUGAAAAUGAGCCGAGAGUAAGGAUUUCUCUCAAUGUCAAAAAAAACAGCUAGAAACCGGCUAAUUGCCAAUUUUCAGGUAAUUCUACUGAUGCCUGAUGAAAACGGUCAAGUUCGUAUAAAUCCCGAUGUUUCCAAGGGCGAAAAAACGAAGAAACAGAUACUUGACAAACUGGGUUCUUCCGAUUCACAAAAACAUCUUUUCAACAACAAAAAAGUUUGUUUGUUUUUGGGUUUUGCUUCAGGAGGAAGAAAAAGAAUACAUACUUAGAACAUGUCUCAAAUUUCUCACCUAAAAAUGUCUAUUUGAUUGCAGAAACCAAUGCUACCGCCGAGGAAAUAUGCAGACAACGAUAACAAUGAUAAUUAA